GCUGGUGACGGUCACCAUGGACAGCUCACCCUAUUUCAAGUUGGUCGGCCCCAAUGGUGUGUGCCAUCAAGUUCCAUCAGGCUCAUUUUGCACCAUAAACAUCCUUUUCAUCCCUGAGGGCAGCAAGUCUCUUUUCCUGAAGGACCAUGUCCACGAGCUUGUCUGCAGCUGCGAAGGGGAAAAGUUCACUGUGCCAAUCCGGGCCAUUGGUGCCCGUCCAGUCUUGGACUUCCCUGCCCAGCUGGACUUCUCGUCGUGUCCAGUCAACCACAGCACCCAGAAGACUCUGCUGGUUCGCAACACCGGGAACCUGGAAGCCUGUUACAGCCUCAGCACUGAGAGCCCUUUCACUGUCAGUCCAGCCACGGGAACCCUCGACAUUGGUGAAACCAUGCAAGUGACAGUGGAAUAUCACCCGCGGAAGUCCGGGCAUCAUUCCGCAUCCCUGGCAGUGCACUUCGACAUAGUUGAUGAAGAUACCCACACCAGGCUUCUUGGGAAAGCUAAGGACUUCAACGUCGGGAUGGACCCGCACUCUUUGGAGCUUGACAAGACUUAUCUCUCACUGUCAAGCCACAGAACCAUGCUCAUCCACAACAGAAGUAACAUCACAGCCCGAUUCCAGUGGAAGGCUUUCUCUACUGAGGAAGAGGAGCAUCAUCAGAGGAUCAGGUUGGUCUGAAAGACGCGGUGACAUAAACUGCCCAAGGGUAAAACUAACAUAUGGCCUCAGGGGCUGCUUGUGCUUUUGAGCGCUUCAGGGUAUUAGGAACAAGCAGGUGUUCCUGCAAAGUUUGCAGGGCAGUCACAGCUCCCAGUAAAGAGCAACAAAGU